GCGCCAACGCCGGCCAAGAGACGCCGGCAGCAGACAUGGCGCGCCUGCGAGCGGUGUCGUACACGGAGAGUCAAGUGCGAUAACACUCGACCAUGUCUCCAGUGUCGAGAGAGAGGCGUCUCCUGCACAAAUACAAAUGCUAGAGGAGAAAGGGACCUGAAAUCACUUCCCCUGGCACUGCGAGAAAUUGAAAAGCUGAAGUUGCGCAUCAGCGACCUAGAAUCAGAACUGGCGGAAUGCAAGAAACCCCUGGCUAAGACAACGGUUUCAGUAUCAUCAUCGCCGUCAGAGCAGUCCGACGCCUCCUCUAACAUCGUCACUCACCACCGGCGUCCUCCCGGCCGAGGGUGGGUAGGCACGUAUAUAACAUGUCCGCGGUCUGGCCAGAGAUCCUACUACGGCCCGUUCUCUGCGUUUUACUUCCUCGGGCGCAUUGGUGCCUAUCUCAGUGAAACACUUGAUCAGUCCGUCACCGACCGAUAUCUCUAUCCUCAAGGCGUUAGCGACUCACUGGCAAACCUCGCGACUCUGCACACUGCACAGCAGAGCAUGAACAAAAGCCAUGCAUUUAAUACGGCUCCUCGGCCAAUGAUGGCCCGGACGCAGGAAGAGUCUUUCCUACAGCUAUUUUGGGAGUCGUAUCACUGUACCGUACCAAUCAUUGACGACAUCGACUUUAUGCAAAAUUACAACUCUCUUUGGGAUGCCAACGGGACGUACCGCAAACCGUGUCCACUCACAGACAUUGUCGUUGCAUUAUCCAUGCAAUACGGCUGGACAUUCCUUGCAAGCAACUCAUCGAAUGCGAAUACCCUCGACGAUCCUUUCAACGAUGCUACAAGCGCAGGCCGGUGGCAUUUUCAUCGCUGCCAGUCUCUACUAAAUGUUGAUCUCGAGAGUCCGUCUCUCUUGAUGAUUCAAUGCAAGAUCUUCUCCACUACCUACCUUUGCAAUGCUUCCUUUACCAAUAUGGCUCACGCGACACUUGGCCAAACGUCAAUAUUGGCGCAUAUCCUAGGACUGCACCAAGAACCGCCCGAGGAUAUGCCCUGCAAAGAGAGAGAGCUUCGCAAGCGAGUAUGGUGUUGCUUGCAUACUCUGGAGACAAGAAUGUCCCUGAAACUGGGGCGACCGCCGGUGCUCGAUGAUUUCCACACGACUACCCAGCCGCCUUCGGAGGACGCAGAUCUAGGUCUCUUGAACAGCGCCGAGUCUUUUGCGCCGGACAUUACAUGGAUGAGUUUUACCACCCGUAGUGAAAGCCUCAUGGCCGUCGUCAAAGACAUUCAUACCACUCUGCUAGAAAGGGCAGCCAGAAUAAUCCACGAAGGAGGGCUCCAGGGCUCGCCGUACCAGGAUCCCCAGGCACUCGAGGCAUAUGCCAAGGCAGUUUCUGAACAGAUUCCUCUGAUGCAGGAGUGGGUGGGAAAACUACCCACAGGAAUCAAAAUGAAGAGAAGGGGGCAAGGAGAGGCGUUUUCCGUCGAUCGCUCGUGCUUCGACAUCGACGUCGGCGCACCGCUAUGGCUCCAGCGCCAGCGCCUCUUUUUGGAACUCAUGUAUCACAACCAGAUGAUCAGCUUCUAUCGGCCCUGUAUCGCGUUCCCACGCACGUCAGCACCGGCGGUAUACUCGCCAAUACUGAAACAGCAUGCCGUAGCAGCGCUCAACCACGCUAUCGCUCAUACCGACAUGGUGCUUCAGGCCGUGGUGGAGACGGACCUCAUGAACGGCUGGCAAGAGUGCUUCCAAUGGCAGUGGAACGCCACCAUCACUGCCAUUGGCUUCUUAUUCUCCAACCCCAUUGACCCAUCGACGCCGGCUGCGCGCAAGGCUCUAGAAAAGGGAAUCACCAUCUUUGAGACUCUUGGAAAGAGCUACUCUAUGGCGGCGAACGGAGCGAUUGUGGUUAAGGACUUGAUGGCUAAAGCAGAGCUACUAAGCAGU